AUGUCGACACAGUGGCACGAAAUCGGCUCUAAACGGUGCGGCCCGCUCGAGGAUGGGAGCUGGAUCCAGCGAUUCAGAAAUAUGGUGGAAGAAUGGUUCAAAAAGGGCAAGUCGGUCGGUAGCGUACGCACCAUCACCGAAAUAAACGCCGACCACGAGAUGUUCGAGCUUUUGAAGCGGAAUUUGUUGCUGACCGCAAAUUCGGAUGCGGAGCUGCGCGCACGGAAAUUGGUCCCAGAGGAGCCGGACGUCAAUGGAGUCUUCUACGAGUUGCUGGUCGUUAAAACAUGCGCCCUCGCCAUCGGCGCGAGCUUUAAUCCGAACCCGCCAUCUGAAGAGUCGCUUCCGCUGCAGCACCCCUACGAAGUGCAAUUCCAAGAGGACGGCGUCGGAGGUGGCGACUUCUUCUUGUUUGCCAGUCCCGAGACCUCCGCGCACCAGUUGACGUGGCUCAAGGAGCACGUAUACCCGACCCUGGAGGCCUUGCUUUUGUGCGAGCCGUCGGCCCCAAUUGCGACUAGCCAUGCGCUGAUUUCUAGUGAAGUCGUGCUGCCGAUAAAGGACCAGUCGAAGGCUGACAAUAAGCCAUUUAAAAAAUUUGUGUCUGCGACAUUUCCAUCCGGAGGCCUCGUCAGAUUUCUUGCAAACAACAAGGACCUCGUGGAAACUAGCAAUAGCCGAUGCAAACCCGGCGAUGAAGAGCUAAAGAGAUGCGACCCCAACACCAGACAAUAUCGCGCCCACGUUAGGCCUAAACCCGGCAUGGCCGAUCGGGUGCUUACGAUGCUGCAGGAGAAGAACAAUGCCACGUACUGCGAUUGUGAA